AUGGGAAACCCUUUAGUGAGUAGCUAUAAAGGGGGUUUUGUUGCGGCUCGACUCUUCUCCACAGCCACGGGAGGAGUGCCCUGGCCCCCAGAUUCUCUGCGAGGAUGCCGACGGCUAUCGUUUUGGCUUCUGGAAAGCAUCUUGUUCUGGUGGCCCUUUUUCACCGGGGGGGUCCUCCUGGAUAAUUUGGUCCGCCACUACGUUCUCGACUUCCUUUGUGCCUGCGGAAUACUCUCCGGGAUAACAUUUCUCUUCGUCAUCAUCUCCUGGCUCCUUUUCAACUACCGGAGGAGGCACGCGGUGGCACCCGAAACCGAUAAGGUAUUGUCAAGGGACAUUCUCUUAUCGAAACCUACACCCUUCAACUACGCUCUUCUUUACGCAGUGGUCGCCGCUGUUCUACAUUUCGCGGUCCAGUAUUUGAAUUUCUGGUUGACGCAUCGCGAAGUCAACUCGAUAUGGAGUCUGCAGAUGAUCGUUCGCUAUCUCUUGUGGUUCGCAGAUUGCAUCGCGAUGCAUUCUCUGGCGAUCCAGUCGCCCAUAGAGACUGCGACGUUCCAAAUCCCUCAGAACGCUCAUCAGGACUCAUGGCAUCAGCCUCUGAUGCGUCCUUUCUACUUGACGUGUUCGGUCGGAAUAGCGGUUUUUCUGCGAGAAGUACCUGUGGAGAGCAUGAACCACUUCCUGGUUCCUAUCACGGACGCAUUUAUCUCUUCGUUGCCACUACUGUGGCUUCUCGGAGUUCUAGCUCCGCUCGACGCCCUCAAACUGUGGCUCGGAGAAUGGGUGACAUCAACCGUCUUCGGGGGCUCACCAACUGCGAGCGAGUUGUCGCUCUACACGAAACUUCUCGCUUCGCUCGUGCUCACUGUGAUCUGUUUCUACGUUCGGAACGCGAUUGCAGUCAUCUCGUUCCUCGGAGGCUUUGCUCUGUCCAUACAUUUCGGCAACUUACGCAAGCCCUAUCCAGCUCUCCAGCAUUGCGUGACGCUCAUCGUGUGUCUGGCAGUUUCCAUAAAAGAAAAUUCGGUGUCCAAGGAAGCGGAAUUGGCCAUCGUUUCGAUCCUAGCCGUUGUCCUCAUCCUCUCGGAAGUGCUCUCCUGCGCCCAAAAGGUCACAGUUUUCGGGGGACUCAUCCGGAAUCCGCUCUGGAGCAACUUCAAGGCGCGACGAAUGACGAGCUGUGGGAGUCUAAUCCACUUGGUCGUCCAGGGUGCGCUCGUACACACGGUGAGUCCGCCGAUGAUGUGCUGGAUCCUAACGAGCGGUGAUUUCUACGUGGGGAAUGCAGUACGACGACUCCUCGUCACGAUUUCACUUAUUAAAGCGCACCGAGAAGUGAUACAAUUCACGCGGAACUCCAUUCUCGUAUGUAUAAUAACAGUCAUGCUGAGAGUUUUGAACGAAGAUCUGAUGGGAUUCCCUCUCUGCGCUCUGUUCGCAUUGGUGUCAGUGACGUUGCGAACUCUCAUUGGGUUUUUGGAGCGAGUGUAUACAAUCAUGAUCAUCUUGUUCUCGUCUGUGUUCAUUCCGAAGCAACGUCUCCAGCAUAAUUGGCUUCUGUUUGGGCUGAAUAUCAUUUUCCUACCGUGGGUGAUAUUCGUGGCAGGUGUGACCGCCUUCCUGCAGAGUCCAGUUCUAGCUUUAUUUUCUUUACCUAUAUUUAUUCCUGGCUUCCCGAGGCCGCGCCGGUUCUGGGCUUUCCGCGAAAACCAUCAUCAGAAGCGACGCGAGCGGAGUCGUCUUCCGGAAGGGAGCGCCACGGUACUCAGCGAUGUCGUGUUCUACGCUCAGUUCAUACCCCGGCUCAUGACCCAGCUGGAGAAGUCUGUGAGCCGUGGGCUGCUGGGUUCGCUGAAUGCGGGUUCGUGUUUCCUCGCACGCCAUCAGAAUCGACUCGUUUUCCUGAGAAUAAUCGAAUCCGGGUACCUGUUCCGCUGCGUCGAAGCUAAGGGACUUGAGCUCCAGGAAACCUCUUGCCAUACUCUGGAGGCGGGGAAAGUGGACGAGAUCAUCGAGGAUUGCUUCCUGAAGGAGGGGACGGGUUGUUUGAAUCCCCACGCCACCAACACGUUCCGACCUCGGGCACGAACCCACGUGGUGACGUACUCUUCCGCGCGCAACGUCCUGACCGGGGUUAUCGAUCAGCCAGCCUUCUUCGAAGCGUUAUUGAACAAUUUCUCGCGCGUCCUUCUUUGGGUUCUGCUGCAUCACCAGGCUGCGAAAAUGAGCGAGAACAACAAUAUCCAAACCGAAGACGUAUCCGCAUCCACCGACAUGCUCAGUGAGCAUUCCCGAUACAGACCGCGGAAGUCGUGGUGGACGAUCAUAUCGAAAGAAAGGAGUCCCUUCAGGAGAUAUCCUUCAAGACUCUUCAUCGAUUCUUGGAUGUCAAUCGUGGCUGUCCACGUACGACGAACAUUUCCCGGUAUAGUAAUGGCUACGGCUGAGGAACCUUCUCUGUGCGUUGAUUACCGACAGGUCUGCGACUUUUGUUUCCGUGCCGUAUUCCCUGAUGAGUCUCUUACUCCCGCGCUCGUGAAUCAGGCAUUUAACGGGGAUUUUUUCGUCGAUCUGCCGACCGACUUGCACGCUCUCGUUCAGCGAGCCGUGCAGUUCACGACGAAGCUCGCCAUAGACACGGUAAUCAUCAGCGAGGCCGAAACCGAAAGGGAGCUAGCCCGGAUCCUCGAAACUUACGAUAAUCGUUGGUUCAUCGGGGUCGAAGGAUCCCCCCAAUGGAACACAUGUGUCAACAAUGAAGUGCCGUAUAUGUUUUCAAUAGCUCACGAUUCGAGUUCGGAUGUGUACACCAGUCAUCUGCUAAGUCUGAUACUUGAUGAGCCAGUCUACGUGGGGACAUUGAGUGGCAGCACGGUGGAUUCUAUCUGGACCACGUUAUCCUUGGAGCUACUCUACAUGACGAAUGAUGACGACGAGCGGUAUUCGAUUCAAGCUCAUCCCUGGCUGCUGCGGAAUCUGACAAUCCAGUCGGCAGACCCUCCUCUGGGUUAUCCUCUGUAUAUUGACCAGAUCAGAUACCUGACAACGCUAAAUUAG